AUGACACUAAAGAACAAGAGACCGGGAACAGCCCCUUUGGUUAAAGUUGGGAAAGCAGCUGAAUCGGCACGGCCCUCAUCCAGAAGAUUCGCUCAUGCAAAACAAGUACGUCGGAAUGUGGAGCUUAGCGAAGAUGAGGAGGAACUUCGGUAUCUUGAAGAAUUGCUGGGCAAACUGCUUGAAGAGAAGGCGCUGUUGGGGGAUCAGAUUGCCUCCAUGGCAACUGAUGUGCUUGACUACGGUGAAGUGGUUAAACUGGAAUUGCGACUUGAGGCCGCGCGUUCACAGAGGAAAGAGGCGAUCAUCAAAAUAAAUGGUAUGGGUGCGUGCUUCAAUACGGGCAAGGGGACAGUUGGUAAGAAAUCACCCACAGAAGCGUUGCAAAGACGGGAAUACCUCGAAGUGAAGCACUCCAUACAUAGUCUUAGUAUGGAAGUUGGGCAGCUGCGACUCAAGCUGGAGACUUUGAAAAACGAGAUUAAGGAAUGCGACGCAUAUGACUCGGUUGUGCAGGAGGAAAAUGAGGGACUCUCAUCCCAGGCCGCACAUGCAGACGCAGAAAGGGAACUUAAAAGGUUGAUUAACGAGAAGCACCGCAUCAUAAGGCGAGUGGAGGAAGCAAAUGCCGCACAUCUUGCUGCAAUACGCCAGGAGGCAAAGGUGGCACGUGAUCUUGGUCUAUUAGAAAAACGAACGCGGAAAUUUUCACAGUUAUACAAACCAGAAGCCGAAGUAAGCGAUGUAUGCCCCAAAAUUGAGGAAGCACAGUUUCUUCACUCAGCCACUGAUUUGGCAGACUGGGGAAAGUUUAGCCAUGCGAAUUGUGGUCCUUGUUUUUGCCUGCCUGUGCGCAUUGCGCAAGCCGACACUCCACCGAAAAGGGCAGCCUGCCCGGCGCCGACAACUGCGCGUCGGGACACCCCUCCCCACGGGUAA